UGAUUGGUGUACAAUACUUGUUUUUCAUGCUUUAACAUGUUUAAUAGAGUAAGAUAUAUUUACACUUUUGGUAUAUAGCUGAAUUACAAAAUGUAUGACCCAGAGGACUGUAGAUCUGUCUCCUGAUUAACUUCUGACAUCAAAGUGAAACAACAAAUCACUUUUUAAUUAUGAUGUCAAAUUUGUGUGAUGCAAAAUUUUAAGGGAACUUUUUUUACUUUACAUCAUUGCGAACCAAUUUGCAUAAAACAGUGUAAAUUUGUCUGUUUUUAUCCAGAUAAUUCAGUUAUUCAUGCAACUUAAGGAGGUACCUAACACUACAGGGAGAUAACUCUGUAAACUCAGCAGAUCCUUUUAAUGAUGUUGUGUUCAUAAGGGAAUAUUAUGCUUCUCAAUGAUUAAAAUAAGUGUUUGUAAAACUGCUAUAAAACCAGUGUAUUUUUUCUGAUUAAAAGGUUGGUUCAAAUUUUUUGAAAUUCUUAUAUUUUUGUUAAAGGGUCAAAGUAAAUACUUUAUCCAAAUUUUAAGAAAAUUAAACGAGCCAAAUUAAUUUUAGUUAAAGUGUUAGGUACCACCUUAAAUCAUUGUUGCUUAUCUUGAAUGUUGUAAGGAUUAAUUUAUUUUACACAGAUGAUCCAUUGUGUACGAAGGGAGAUAACAAUGUUGAUAUGGUCAUACCCAAACUACUGGAUGUUCUCAGAGAAUGUUUGUCCUCCCAUAGAUGGUCUCAAGUGGUACCAGUCAUAAAACAGAUAUCUAAACAUGAACUUACAACAUUCUGGAAGACAAGUAUGGAAGUUAUGUAUGUAUCUGAAUCUUCAGUCCCAUUGGUGCAGCAACUUGUCAAGGAAUUGAAGACUGUACGUCAACUCAGUUGUCAGGAAGUUUUGUUAGAGUACCUCAUGUUUUUACUUCAUCAUGGUAAAAUUGAUGAUGCAAAACAGAUUUCACAGGAAAAAAUAAAACAGACAAGAUUCCAAAAGAAUGCUCGAGAUCAUCACACUGAGGUUUUAUACAAAUCGUAUCUAGGUUUGGUAUGGUAUGUGGAAUGGAAGUUUCUGAAGAUGAAAAUUAAAGAUUUGGAUGAAAAUAGUGACCUUGUAUCUAACUAUGAAGAAAUAAUGGCUGUUUAUGCACAGAAAGCUAUGAUUGGUUUCCAGCAAGUCUCAGGAGAGAUUGGAGUCUGGGAUAUAUUUGUUACUAAACAUGUAGAGAUUUUAGAACACUAUGACAAAACAGAAGAAGCAAAAGAUAUCCUGACAGAUUACAGAGACAGAAAUACAGAUAAUCUAAAUGCUCACAAAUAUUUCUACUAUUUCUGUGUAAGAAAUGGUUUCUCUGAGAACGAGGAGAUUCAAUUACUAAUGAAUAUUGCAGAAAAGUGUCCCUCAGAUUCUUUGGUUUUACAGUUAUGCAACAAAUUGGUUGAAGAUAAUAAAAUACCAGAAGCCUUGAAUUUCCUGUUUUAUUUACUGGAUUACAGUUGUUGGCAGCAAGAAUUAAAACCUUGGAAACUACUGGUAGACUUGAUUGAUACAAGAAACAAAAGUUUAGAGGUGAUUCAUACUUUAGAAGAAAUUUGGAAGAUAAGGCAAUCAUGGUGGCCUCAGUAUCAUUUUACCAGCUAUGACUGUCCAGAAACAAGGGAGGAAUGUGAAUUAUGUUUAUGUAAAGCUAGAUAUGCAGUAUUUGUUUUAGGUCAAGAUUUUCAAAAUAUACAUAAAGACUUUCAACAUUUGAGUAAGACUAAAAUACAAAUGUUAAUGUCCUCAGUGACUUGACUUUAAAAGUAAGGCCUUCCUGAAUGGUGCCAUACGUAUGGAAUGAUGAAAUCUACAGAAGAGAUUUCAGAACAGAUACCUGUUCCCAUGACUACAAGUAAAAGGAUUGAAUGAUGGACUCCCUCCAAAGACCAAA